UCCAAAACUUCUUUCCCCUCUUCGGUUCAAUACCCAGUUCGAGCAGAUCUGCGUCGUCGUCGGCUCUCCUCCCACCGCAAAUCGCCCCCCUUCGUUCUUUCUCUUCUCCGGCUUGUAUCAACUCUCAUCGAAUCCCGAACAGUGACUCCUUCUUCUUUUCUUCAGAGCCACGUUUGUUUCAGCUGUCUUUUUUUCUCUCCCGUCGAGUUUCGGGUUCUCAAUAACAUUGGCCUUACUCUCUAAUAACCCUUCGGUUUCUUCUGAAGAUGGCUACUGCAUCAGUUGCUUUCAAAUCUAGGGAGGAUCAUCGCAAACAACUGGAAUUAGAGGAAGCACGUAAAGCAGGGCUUGCACCAGCUGAGGUCGAUGAAGAUGGGAAAGAAAUCAACCCUCAUAUUCCUCAAUAUAUGUCCUCUGCACCUUGGUAUCUUAAUGCUGAGAGACCAAGUUUAAAACAUCAAAGGAAAUGGAAAUCAGAUCCGAAUUAUACAAAAUCCUGGUACGACCGAGGUGCAAAAAUACAUCAGGCAGACAAGUAUAGGAAGGGUGCAUGUGAAAAUUGUGGAGCAAUGACACAUGAUUCAAAGUCAUGCAUGGAAAGGCCCCGAAAGGUAGGAGCAAAAUGGACAAACAUGCACAUAGCACCUGAUGAAAAGAUAGAGACGUUUGAACUUGAUUAUGAUGGAAAAAGGGAUCGUUGGAAUGGCUAUGAUCCAGCAACCUAUGCUCGUGUCAUUGAGAGGUAUGAGGCUAGAGAUGAAGCAAGGAGAAAAUUUUUGAAAGAGCAACAACUUAAGAAAUUGGAAGAGAAAAAUACCAAGCAGAAUGAAGAUGAUGAAGUUAGUGCUGAAGAUGAGGAUGAAGAUGAUUUGAAAGUUGAUGAGGCAAAGGUAGAUGAAAGCAAACAAAUGGACUUUGCCAAAGUUGAGAAGCGAGUACGUACAACAGGUGGUGGAAGCACAGGAACUGUAAGGAACUUGCGAAUUCGGGAGGAUACUGCUAAAUAUCUUUUAAAUCUUGAUGUUAAUUCUGCUUAUUAUGAUCCCAAAACUCGGUCCAUGCGUGAAGACCCUCUUCCUGAUGUUGAUCCAAAUGAGAAAUUUUAUGGAGGUGAUAACCAAUAUAGAAUCAGUGGGCAAGCUUUGGAUUUCAAGCAACUCAAUGUGCAUGCCUGGGAAGCAUUUGACAAAGGUCAAGAUAUCCAUAUGCAAGCUGCUCCAUCACAAGCUGAACUUCUCUAUAAGAACUAUAAGGUUAUUAAAGAGAAGUUGAAAUCACAUACGAAGGAUGCCAUCAUGGAGAAGUAUGGGAAUGCUGCUGCCGAGGAAAAGCUGCCUCGGGAACUUUUACUGGGACAGAGUGAGAGGCAAGUUGAAUAUGAUCGUGCUGGCAGAAUUGUUAAAGGCCUGGAGAUGGCUCUUCCUAAAAGUAAAUAUGAGGAAGAUGUUCUCAUUAAUAAUCACACGAGUGUUUGGGGAUCAUGGUGGAAGGAUCAUCAAUGGGGCUAUAAAUGUUGUAAGCAAACCAUACGGAACAGCUACUGCACUGGAGCUGCUGGAAUUGAGGCCGCUGAGGCAUCAGCAGACUUGAUGAAGUCUAAUAUAGCUCGUAAAGCAACUUCUGAAGAUACACCAGCCCCAACGGAAGAGAAAAGGCUGGCUACAUGGGGAAGUGAAGUACCCGAUGACCUCGUCCUUGACCAGAAGAAGCUUACCGAAUCUCUCAAGAAGGAGGAUGAAAGAAGAAAAGAGGAGAAAGAUGAAAGAAAACGUAAAUAUAAUGUGAGAUGGAAUGAUGAGGUAACUGCGGAGGACAUGGAGGCGUAUAGGAUGAAGAAGGUACAUCAUGAUGAUCCCAUGAAGGAUUUUCUCAACUAAUCUAGCAAGAUCGAUGUAUUGUAAUAUACGUUUUUAUUUUAACAAGAAACAACAAGUGAAUGAUCCAAUGAGAUACAAAAGGGGACUCGAUUUUAGUGUAUACAAAAAGUUGUUCCUAUUUGUAAGAAAGUGAGCCAAGUUUAGUUGUAAUAAAUGUUUCAAUGAAAA